AAACAAUCACUCCAACCAGUCCUGCAAAGCUCGACCUGCAACUUCAAGAGUCCUUCAAACCCAAGUGCAACAGAGUGGAUGACAUUGCUGUGAGUGAGUGCAUGCGGUGGUGGCCCUCAGCAUGGUGUUGCCACCACCGGACAAGCGGCAUGUGUGUCUUACCACCUUUGUCAUCAUGACCAGCAUGGCCUUCAUGGAUGCCUACCUGGUGGAGCAGAAUCAGGGGCCACGAAAGAUCGGCGUCUGCAUCAUUGUCCUUGUUGGGGAUGUCUGCUUUCUUAUUGUCCUCCGGUAUGUGGCUGUUUGGGUUGGAGCAGAAGUGCGUACGGCUCGAAGAGGAUACGCCAUGAUCCUUUGGUUCCUCUAUAUCUUCGUGCUGGAGAUCAAGCUUUACUUUGUCUUCCAGAACUGUAAGGCUGAUCGCAAAAGUCUGGAGACUGUCGCCCGGAAGGCUUUGACUUUAUUGUUGUCCAUUUGUGUGCCAGGCCUCUACCUGGUUCUGGUGGCUCUGGACAGCAUGGAAUAUGUCCGUACCUUUCGGAGGAAGGAGGACAUGAGGGGUCGGCUCUUCUGGGUGGCUUUGGACUUGCUGGACCUGCUGGAUAUGCAGGCAAACCUUUGGGAGCCGCAGCGGACGGGUUUGCCCAUUUGGGCGGAAGGUUUGAUGUUCUUCUACUGCUACAUUUUGCUUCUGAUUCUUCCCUGCGUGUCCCUGAGCGAGAUCAGCGUGCAGGGUGACCACGUGUCCCCUCAGAAGAUGAUGCUCUAUCCUCUUCUCAGUCUGGUCACCAUUAACAUCGUCACCAUCAUCAUACGUGGCGUCAACAUGGUGCUCUUCCAGGACAGCCGGGUUUCCACCAUCUUUGUUGGCAAAAACGUGGUGGCCAUUGCAACCAAGGCAUGCACCUUUCUCGAGUACCGGAAACAGUCACGUGAAUUCCCAAAUCGAGAGAACGCAACUGGAAUUCCCAUGGAAGUCCAGCAGAACUCGGUGGGACAUGGACAAGCGCUUCCGAAUGCUACGAGCCUCCCACAUGAACCCACUCCAGCACGGGAGAUUAUGGAUACAUAACCAAGGAACCAAAAUGAAGGAUUUUGUUUGACUUGGGGCCAACAAGAAGCAU